GUGCUUUCUAGCUUGCACUCUUUGCACACUUUUUUUGGGUCUUAAACUUCAUAUUUCAUUAGUAUUCUUCAUCUCAUAACGCAUACAUUCUUGAAAGCCCAACGCUUUCUUCCCAAUUCACAAGUUCAUCAGAUCAAUAGUGAUCAUCUAAAUUGUUUGCAUACCUUUUUCGUCACAUUUUUGCAUUGAUCAAGUUCUAUACAGUUAUAUAGUAAAAUAAAAGAUGAAGUUUAUGAAAAUUGGGACAAGACCAGAUGCCUUUUACACUGAAGAUGGUACUAGGACAGUGAUUUCGGAUGUGCCGGGUGAUCUUACAAUCACUAUCAACAGCAUCACCUAUCUUAUUCACAAGUUUCCGCUUCUGCCAAAGUGUGGCCUCUUACAGCGGCUCUGCUCCAGUGCUGAGGAUUCUGGGAAUAUCGCGCUCGAAUUGCACGAUAUUCCGGGGGGAGAAGAGGCGUUCGAGCUGUGUGCCAAGUUCUGCUAUGGCAUAACCAUCAAUGUGAGUGCUCAUAAUUUUGUGCCUGCCUUCUGUGCAGCCAAAUUCCUGAGAAUGACUGAGGCAUUUGAGAGGGGAAAUUUGGUUGUGAAACUCGAGGCGUUCUUCGCUAGCUGCAUUCUCGAAGGGUGGAAGGACUCGAUUCUGGUGCUCCAAACGACUCAGAAGUUGGCCGAGUGGGCAGAAAAUGUUGGCAUAAUCAGAAGAUGCAUAGACUCCAUUGUUGAGAAAAUCUUGACACCUCCACUUAAGGUUAAGUGGUCAUACACUUGCAGCAGACCAGGAUAUGAGAAAUCAGUCCCUAAAGACUGGUGGACAGAGGACUUAUCUGUGCUCGAGAUCGAGCUCUUCAGGUGUAUAAUCACCGCGGUUAGGUCAACAAACGUGUUGCCACCGCAGCUUAUAGGCGAGGCGUUACACGUCUAUGCAACCCGGUGGCUACCAGACGUGACAAAGCGUCUGCCAUUAGUAGCCCCCGGGGCAGGGCAAUUUUCUCUGGACAGAAAACGCAGCAUUCUCGAAACCAUUGUGAGCAUGAUCCCGAGUGAUGGGGGAUCAGUUCUGGUCGGAUUCCUACUGAGGCUCAUUAGUGCUGCAAACUAUUUAGGCGCAUCUAUGGUGACGAAAGCCCAGCUCAUAAGGCGAUCGGGCACACAACUCCCCGAGGCCAGGCUAAAUGACCUGUUGCUGCCAUCGCAAGCGGGCAGCACUUGUGAUGAAAGUUGUUGUGCUUUCGAUGUCGAGUUGAUUGGCAUAGUCUUGGAGAGCUUCUUGAGGCAGUGGAGAAGGCAGGCCCCGGGCGAAGGCGAAAACCAUUCGUUGAGAUCAAUCAGGAAGGUAGGGAAGCUAAUUGACACUUAUCUUCAGGUAGUUGCCAGGGAUCCUAAAAUGCCAGUGGAAGAAAUGGUGUCUCUGGCUUCAGCUGUUCCAGAUAUUGCCAGGCCUGUUCAUGAUGAACUUUAUCAGGCUAUCAACACCUAUCUCAAGAUCCAUCCUGAUCUAAGCAAAUCUGGGAAGAAGCAACUCUGCCGCAUUCUGGACUGCCAGAAGCUAUCUCCUCAGGUAUGCAUGCACGCUGUCAAGAACGAACGCCUCCCAUUGAGGACGGUGGUCCAGCUCCUCUAUUUUGAGCAGGAAAGAGGCACCACAAGCACAGCCGCCAGUCAACUCGCAUUAUCGCCCACCAUUCAACGCACGCCAACUCUCAAGGAUUAUGGCCUCAUCAGACGAUUGAACCUCCAGGACUCCGAUAAUGAACACCCGCACAAGGCGGAUAAUAACCGGCGAAGAAGAGGUCCAGUUGGUGAAGAAGAAUCAAACAGCAGCAGAUCAAGAGGAGUUUCAAGAAUAAUAAUGGAGUCUAGGAAGAAGGGAAGGGAAAUUGUUGAAGAGGGGACUAAGCCUCAUCCUCCUACUCAAAGAACAGUAGUGCAUAAACAUAUAUAGCAUAUAUAGGCAAAGGAAUUCAGUGAAGGAACACUGGAUGGGUUUUUAAUUUUCAUUAUUGUGUGAUGAUAUUAUAUAUAUUCUUUGGUCUGAUCAGAAAUUAAAGUCUAGCGUCUGAUAUGAUCGAUGGUUUGUAUAAAUAGCUGUUUAGCCAGUCAAUUAAUGCUUAAACAAAACAGUACUCUCCCUAGAA